CUGCUGCCGGUCCUCCCAUUCUUCUGUAUGUUCUGUUCCAGGUUUUAGUUGCAGAUUUUACUCGAAGAAAUCGGAAUCUAAUGUAAACGUUGGGAACAUAGCUUUUAAAUGACAUGUAAAGCUUGUUGGCGGCAUAUAUGAUACGUUCUGGCAACCUGCGGGUCUCAGCUGCGCGAGAAAUCUCGAGGAGGAGAAAAGCGACUGAGGGGACCGUCGGUCCGUUGUGCAUAUGCGCUGUCUGCAUUGUCUGUGCGUUCAGUCGGCUUGUACUUGGCACCCGUUGCAGUAUUUUGUACUAUUCUGCCUGCUUUGGAAAAACGUGGGCACUUGACGCACUGAAAGAGGCGCGUACCCAGAACGCCCGCACAGGGCCUGGGCCUGAUACUGAAGCAGACCAACAGCGGGAUACCGAGGUUACGAGGUAGCUGUACAAGCGGACGUCAUGAGCUUCCGAACUUUGUUGCCUGCCUUGGCAAACCUUCUGCUCAUAUGGACACCCGUCCAGGCUCACAUAUAUGAAGACAACUUGGGAGGCCAAAUUUCGCUUCUUGGACCCUUGGUGUGCUUCGCUGUGUUCAUAGCCAUCUGUGCUUGUUUUUGCCGAGAGUGCCGGCGCAGGGAAGCCAUGCUAGCGUCCACCACAGCCGUCCCAGCAGACCCAUUUCACACUCCAGGCCCCGUUCCGUACGGGCCCGCUGUAGCAGGUGCACGGCCAGCACCUAUGGCUCAGCCUGUGCGUCCGCCUUACAGCCCGCCUUACAGCCAGCCGCCAGCACCAUCCCAGAGCCAGCCGCCCCCACCAGGCUUCCUUGGCUACCCAUAUGGCAGCAUGCCCCAGGACCCACCUCCACCAUACGAGUACAAGUGAUUACAGUGUGCUGGACUGAAUGACACAAGGACAGUGGCUUAGAAAAGAUGCACCUGUGGUCUACAUCUCAACUCCUGCUAGCCUUGUUAUGCCCCCACAAAGCUUGUUGGUGCUUUCGUAGCUCGCACGCUCGGCCUGUGACAUUCUGGGAUGGCAUCAAAUGGCGGCUGUGGCUCACAAUCUAUACUAUGUGCACUCUCUGGCUGCUUUCUGCCUGUGUUACACAGAGGGAAUAGCCAAUACCACCAGUGCUUCUGUGGCACACCAAGUUGAGUGUCACUGUACUUGAGAUUACUUUGGUAAUUUGUGCUUUCCUACUUAAGGCAUUACAUGUGUCCUUUGUGAAGGCACAUUCUAAAUAUCCAAGGCCUGGCUUAUCUUGGAGAAAACGAAGCAGAUGGUAGUUAUUGUUUAGGUGCUGAUCUCACAGUGCAGCACUUUCACAGGUGUCUUGUGAAGCACUAUUUAAACUCAGGAGUGUAACUCUGCUCUUACAGGAAAUGCUGUGCUUAAACCAUGGUAUUGCUGUUCGGCUGAGUAUUCUUAUGUGCCUGCCUUAAUAUAUAUAUAGUAUACCACAAAUGCCAUUUUUACUAUGUUGCACUGUUACAGUUCUGUCUAAUGAUGACUGCGUGUUCAAGUACUUUUAGAGGGAGUUUUUGUAAUUUUUCACAUCAGAAACUACAAUUCUUUAGAACAGGUAUGUGUACGAAUUUUAAUUUUUGAAUUAUGGUUUUGUGAAGAAUAUGGUGCUCUAAGGCAUUAUUUCUCAGAUAUAUUACUUGCUCUAUUUAGCUGACAACUGGCUGGAUCCAGUGUACAGCAGCAUUGUUGCCAAAACAUUGCAAAGAAAUGGUGAGAACAUGAAAAUUCUGCACCCAGUAUAUUUUCGCUGAGAUAAUAUUGCAACUUUACACUUUGGGUGAGUUGCAUCACUGAAUAGUACCAAGAGUGCUUUCACUGGGCCAUUUGAGCUUAUAUAUCACAUUUUGUUGUCCAGAAAAUAAACUUGUUUUAGUGAA